AUGCAAGCUACAACAACUCUGAAGGAUGCUGCUCAAUGUAAGCAAAAUGAGCAAAUCCAAGAACUAGCCAUUGACGGAAAUCAUUUCAGUAAUAAAAUUAUUGGAAAUACUGGACGCAAUCCCUUUGCGUCAGUUAUAAUUGAUGAUAACAAUACAUCAGAUGAAGUGACUGAAUCAUAUGUGAAUAUUGACAGAAAGAAUAGUUCAAAUGAUGUAUCAUAA